AUGUCAACCGACAUCAACUACAACGACCCCCUAUCAGGAAAUAACAUCGAUAACUUGAUAGACCAAACCCUUUACUCCAAAGGCAUACAGACCACUCUUCGUCAUGAGACACCGCUGGUAUUCUACUCCUCACCAUUGUCCUGCCCCAUAUUGAACUCUACCCCAUCACCACAAGCUGACAUAGCGACGCAGAUGAAGGUAUAUGGCAUCAGAUUCGACUUUACUCACCCAGAGGCCGAUCGCGACUACAUCGACAGCCCAUAUCAGUCACUCUUCAUAGCUGUCAAAGCAGCCUUGGCACUUGCUAAUACGGAUGCCUUCACUCAAGUAUUCUGCCUAUGUGGAAUCCAUGAGGAACAUUGCAAAGGCCCGUUUCCCCCAAUCGAAAUGGUCAUGUUGGAGAAUCGCUCGUCGGUCUACCAUUUUCAUGCCCAUGGGAACCUCUCCCAGCGAUUAGUUAUUGUUCCGGAGAUACUCUUGGACGGAGUGUUUGCAGAAUCAAAUGACGUUGAUACACAGAGACAGCAGAGUCUUGAAUGA